AUGGAACCCGAAGCGGAGGGCGCCACUGAUGGCAACGCCAGCUUUGAUGUCGGAGCUCUUCUGUGUGAGAAGUACAACGAGUGGUCCAAGUGGUCCCUGUGCAGCCGGAAGUGUGAGCAAACUCGAGUACGCAGGUGUCGGAUACCCGAGGAAUGUGGAACGAGCUGGGUGAAGGAGAAAAGAACGUGCACCAGGCGGAAAGGUGUCUGCAGCUCAUUAACGUACAAGGUAUGUUGGUGUUGCGUGUCGGGGGGUAAGGGAAAAGGCGUCGUUUGCAUUUGCCAGGAGAGGGAAGACAUGUCCUUGGGAGAGGAAGUGACGUCUGCGCAGAAGAAUUGCGGCAUUCGACCGAAACAGACUUCCGGAUCUUACCGAGUCGUCGGAGGUCAGGAGGUGCAGAAAAACAGUUGGCCCUGGCAGGUGGCGAUACUGACUAAAGUCCAGGAGCAGUACUGUGGAGGGACUUUGAUAGCCCCAAGAUGGGUCCUGACAGCUGCACAUUGUGUCAGGAAGAAAGGCAAAAGAAGAAAGCUCAUUGUCAGAAUAGGAGAACAUGACAUCGAU